AUGACGUCGCUAGUCGCGGCGGAGGUGCCGGACGCGGACAAGAGGGCCACCAUGAACUUGAUCCUGUUAGGCAGCGCUGCAUCAGUGACGCUGGGACUGGCGGGGCCCUUCCUGGGCUUCUUUGUGCCCAAAGGGUCCAGCGGAGGUGGUGGUGCCCAGGCUGCGAAAGAUCAACAGGGUAAAGACAUCAGGGCCAGCGAGUGGGUGGAAACACAUCUCCCGGGCGACCGGUCCCUCACUGAAGGGCUCAAGGGUGACCCCACAUACUUGAUUGUCACCAAAGACAAAGCCAUCGAGACGUUCGGCGUCAACGCCGUGUGCACACACAUGCAAUGUGUGGUGCCAUGGGAAAAUGCUGAGAACAAGUUCAAGUGUCCAUGCCAUGGCUCACAAUAUGAUGCCCAAGGAAAGGUUAUCAGAGGGCCUGCCCCCCUGCCGUUGGCGCUUGCUCAUGCUGAUGUCUCUGAAGACGGCAUCGUACAAUUCAGCCCCUGGUAG